AGAUAACACUGCAGUAUGACCAAAGACAUCACAGAAGCAGACAUAGACGCCAUGAAGACAAGGGAAGUUUACAGACUCCUCGAUGACUUCGGCGUGGACGGAGAAGAUCUGGAACCGACCGAGGCCAAAACAGCCCUCAAAGAAAAGAUCAAGCAGAUGAAAGAAGAAGCAGAAAAAGCAACCAGUCCUGAACAGGUUGCUGAGAAGAUGGCGGACAUAGCGACGUCUUACAAAGCCAAGCGGGAACUCCUGCUGAAGCGAUGCAAGGACGUCACGGACUACUUGCCCAACCUAGACCCUAGUGAGAGGGAAAAACUCGCGCUGCACUUUAAACGAGACGUCAUGGACAUCUUGAGCGAAGUAGAAGACCACCUCAGCAAAGAUGACUGCCCAAUACUUGUAGCAGGUAAAGACUUCUGCUGGAAAAGUACCCUACUGAACCUGCUCCUGGGAGAUGACAUCCUGCCUGUAGCACACAUGAGCAGCACGUCCACCAUCUGUGAGGUCAAGUAUGGUGAGACCAGACAGGCACUGGUCCAUCUCAGGGAACCAGACGCCGCCACAGGGUCACAGAUGAUCACAGUACCUCUGAGUGAGGACCCCGAAGAGUGCCGGCAGCAGCUGACUCGCCACAUCCAUCUGAAGGGAACAGAAAGGGAGACCCUACCUCCGGCAGCGAAAAUUGAGAUCUUCUGGCCAAUUGCCUUUCUCAAGGGAGGAGUAACUAUCGUCGACAGCCCAGGAGUUGGAGAGAGCGAGAUGAUGGACGACAUCAUAGCAAAAUAUAUCCCAUCAGCCUUUGCGUUCAUCUACAUCAUUGACAGCUCAAGGGCCGGCGGAGUCCAGCAGGACAGGCUAGGAAGUCUGCUGGUGAAGUGUAGGGACCAGGGUGACCGGUCAGAGCUGGAACAGUUUGACCCCAAGAAGGCCAUCUUCGUCUGCAACAAGUGGGACCUGGUGGAAAAAGACGAGAGACAAGAAGUGAAAGAUGAAACCAUUCGUAAGCUAGGGGAGAUGUGGGAGGGGCUGGACGAGUCGCAGGUUUUCAUUCACUCGAAAAAUGAAGCCGUGAAGGGUGGCAUUCGGUCUGCAGACUUUAACAAACUUCUGGACGGCAUCUAUGAACUGUUGCCGGGAAGUCUUAACCGAAAGCUAUCUACUCAGUACAGGAGAAUGGUUGCCAUUCUCGAAGAGGCGCUAAAAUACGUCAGACUGAAACUGAAUGACGCCUUCGGACACCUCGACGAGGGCGAGAAACGCAAAGCGUACGCAGAAGCCCAAUCUGCGUUGUCAUAUUUUGACGAGUCUGUGGAUCCCAUCCUUCAAGAACUGAGAAAAUUCUUGAAAACGGCCACGGAAGAAGCAGCAGAUGUCUUCUCUGACUUCUUGCGAGGGGAAGAAGUGAGGAAACAUCUUUCUACGGUACCCAUCAAAGCUACCACGGACGACAACGCUAUAGCAGAGCUAUCUUUGGCGAUAGAAAUCUAUAUGAUGAAGAAGUGUCAACCAUUUAAGGACAAGGUAAGAGUUGCCAAUGCACAGUUUCGGGCUAAACUCGAAUCGAUGGUCGCGAGGGUGAACCAUGAGCACAACGAAAAGAUCAGGCCUGUAACAGGACGGAGACACCAAUUGAAUGUAGAGGAUGUUGUAGGCAAACGACAGACCAACGCCUGGUUUGAAUGGCUCAACCAAACAGUACGCAGACUAAACGGACCAUACCUCAGCAUCAUGUCGGCCUUCAAGGGCGACCUUGAGCACACAGAGCGAUCGCGACUGUCUGAAAUGGCUAUUGCCGCCAUGGCAACAGAAGGAGAAGUAUUCGCGAUAGCUAGGAAUAAUCUCCUCAAGUCAUUUCAGCUGCUCGGCGCUUUUGAAUCGGAUUUGCAGGGGGUGAAAGAAGUGGAAGAGCGCCUCGUUGAAGAGCGUUUCUCGGAGACAAGGAACCAGAUAGAUCUGGUCAGUAAGUACGAGCCGCAGGCAUCCGACAUCACCCUACAGCUAGGCCGACUGGCAAUGGUGGACCUGUCAGAAAUGAGGGAGUAUGAGUUUGACUUGGACAACAUCAUCGGCUGGCAGGACCCACAGAACAAGAUCGGUGGAGGGUCGUAUGGGGAGGUGUACCGGGUAGACGUCCAGCGGGACAGUUCACGUGUCCGGGCAGCGCUUAAGAUCGGGGUCCUGCCGUACGCUCUGACCACGAAGGACAACGCAUGGAACUUUCUUGCAGAAGAAGACAACCUAAGGAAGCUGAGGGGUGAACACAUCGUGGAGUACUACGGCACAGCCUGCAGGAGGGAGGGGGGCGGUCUGAGACUGGGGCUGGUUAUGGAACUGUGCGAAGGGACACUGGAGGACAGAGUCGUGGGACAAAGAGAACACAACCCAACUUGGUGGGAACACGACCCUAUCAGGAAGCGAGAGGCUUUCCGGUACAUCCAGGACAAGUCUGUCCAGCUGUGUGAGGGCCUGAGGACCAUCCAUGAUGCAGGGUACAUCCACAGGGACCUCAAGCUCAUCAAUGUGCUGGUUACUGCAGGUGACAUUGUGAAGCUGGCUGACGUCGGUGUGACUAAGAGAGAAGUGGACGUGACCGGCACAGUGACGGGCACAGCGAUCUACGCAGCACCAGAGGUGAAGAAUCGGCAGCUUUACGACAAGAGUGCAGACAUCUACAGCCUCGGACUCCUUCUGUGGGAGAUGUGGUAUGGACGAACCGUCUGGAACGCAAUGAAGGAUCCGAGCUUAAAGAGUCUGACAGAAGGAGAGUCCAUGAUGAUGCCUCAGUUACCAGCAUCAGUCCGACCCAUACCGGAGUGGGCAACUCUGGUUCGAGAGUGUCAGCACAAGAACGCCAACAGGAGGCCUUCUGCAAUGGAGUGUCUCCAGAGGAUCCGAGACAUGACGACAGAGGUCGGUCCACAACGCUCUAUCUCUUUUCAAACCACUGUCUGAAUGUUUGUGAGGAAAAUAAAUGUGUGGCGUAACGAUAGAGUGUCGGACUCGGAACCAAGAGGUCCCGGGUUCGAACCCUGCCAUGCCACCGAUCUUGUUCCCUUGGGAAAGGCACUUUAUACGACUUUCCUCAGUCCGCGCUGGUGGAAAUGAGUACUGCAUCGUCCUCUUUAGAUCUAUAACAAUAAGUUGAAAAAACUUGAGUGUGCCGUCACCACGUCUUGCGAUUACAUGUUUGAAAUUAAAACGCCGUAACUUGCAUCGUAUCAAAUAUCUAGUAGUCUGGAGUCUAAACCUUCUUCUUUUCAUAUUGCCAGACGAUCAGUUCAGAGUCUCUGAGUCUAAAUACUUAUAUUAUUAUUAUGUAACAAAUAGUAUAAAUAAUAAAUACUAAUAAAAGGCCAGAAACUCCUGUUAAAACCAUCUCUGACUGGUAUAUAAUGUUUUUUUGGAAAGUGUAACUGAUCUAGUGACAUCACAGUUAAAAGUGUCUGUAAGUGUACAAACGACAAUUCCUUUUAAGUAUAAAUACAACAAAACAAAUAGAACAAUUUCAAGCGUUAGAGGCCGUUACAAAUGUGAUCACAACUGCCGUAAACCAAUUCAUCCACAUUCACAUUCACGAAAGGCCUAUAAGAAAAGUGAAACGUCAAUUCUGAAGCCCAUAUAUGCACCAUUAUAGCUCCUAUCUUUCCAUUUAAUUCGGUCGUGUAUGUGCAACAUGUUUAUACAUAGGCUGGUGCUUGGUUUACAUAUAGUUCAGGCUUAUGCUAUUAAUUUUUGCAAUUCUACUAAGACUAUUUGCUACAGAUACCUUUACAUCUGUCUCGUAUUAGGAAAAUGCUAGGCAUGUGUUAUUUAGUGAAAUAGUAUUUGAUGAUCGUUAGCUACAAUAGAUAAUGCUGUUUAUGUUUAUUAUGCUGUAAAUCGUGCAUUGACUUCUUGGCUUAACAAAGCGUUUUUAAUGUAACUUACAUGCAAGAAAGGUGGCGCUGAUGGCAGGUUAUAUACU